CAGCUUCAAUUGAACUCACCUGAGACGCCCGUCACGCGCACGCGCACGACCAUGUUCGGCCCUCCUGUGGAUCUGUCGUUCCAAGAGCUCGAAAGCGUAUCAGGUGUGCUGUUGAAGGAGCCCAGGGCCAGCCUGCGGACUUUGCACAAAAACUCCGAGGGGAAAUACCUGAGCCGAGCUUUACGCCUCAAUAACAACAGGCUCUGCUGUCUGAGCGGCCUUCAAUACCUGAUCAACAACCUGCUGGCUGAACCUGUGCAGCUUGGCUGGCUGGACGUGUCCUUCAACCAUCUCACACAAAUAGAACCGGUCUUGUGUGAGUUGCAUGAGCUACGUGUGCUCUACCUUCAUGGCAACAACAUUUACAUUCUGUCAGAGGUGGAUAAACUGGGACACUUGCCGUACCUACACACCAUCACCUUACACGGAAACGCCAUCGAGACCACUAAAAACUACAGGAAACAUGUGAUUUCUACUCUGCCUCAUCUGAAGAAGCUGGACUACAGUCUUGUGACAGAUGAGGAGCGAACACUGUCAAAUAUCUGA